UUAUAAAUGUUUUGGCCAACACUAGAAAACCCUCACAAAAACCACACAGCAAAAUUAGUAAUUUACAUUCACAACAUCGAAAGGGACGAUGCAGAUGAACAACACACCUCUGUACAGAACCAAGUGUGGAAUGCCUCAGGCUAAUUACAAGGCACCGUCGAAGGUGGUUUCGAUCCCGGUCCGGUUCGUUGGGUCAGAGUCACAGCGAACCAGGGAUAGAACCGGCUCGGCCAUCAAGAUCCAGAAGGUGGCGAGAGGGUUCUUGGUGAGGAACAGUAUGAGGAGGAUCGCAGCCAUAAGGUUAGAGGUGGAGAAAAUUGAGAGCAAGGUUUAUGCUCCCGAGACGGUUGAGCUAAUAAAGAAAGAGCACAGAGAAAGGUUGAGGGUGAGCGAGACCAUCAUGAACUUGCUCCUUAAGUUGGACUCCGUUAGUGUCCUUCACUACCCUGGUGUCAGGGAUUAUAGAAAGUCUAUAAUCAAGAAAGCCAUUGCUCUUCAAGAAAUGGUUGAUCAUAUGGUGGGUCCCACUGAUCAAGAUCAACCACAAGUUGAGGAUUCUGAGGGUAAGAAAAUUGAAGCUUUAGGGAAUGAGGAGGGUAAAUCAACAAGAUUGGUUGAGGAAGUUGAAGAGAAUUGUUUGGUGAAGGAAGAGGAGGAGGGGAGGGAUGUUGAAGGUAAAAAAAUGGAAGGUUUGAGGAAUGAGGAGAAGAUGAAGGUAGAAGAGAAGGAGGAGGAGGAGGAUGGUGGGGGUGAAUGUCUGGGAGAGGAGAGUGUAGGAACAAGAUUGGUUAAGGAGGAAAGUGGGGAGAAUUGUUUGGUGAAAGAAGAGGAGGGUGGAGUAGGAUGUGAGGAGGAGGAGGAGGAUAAGGAGGAUUAUAAGGGUGGGAGAAGAGAGGAAGGUGAUAGGAACAGGGAGCUGUUGGAGCGGAUGAUGGGGGACAAUGAGAAGAUGAUGGGGAUGCUGGCUCAGCUGUUUCAGAGGAAUGAGAUGCAGACUAAGCUUCUUAACUCACUCUCAAACAGGGUGGAGCAGUUGGAGAGAGCAUUUGCUUGUGAGAAAUUGAGGAGAAAGAAGAGAAAAAAUGCUGAUGCCAAACAUACUGAGCCUAAGCCUAAAAAUGGUUGCAUCUGACUUGUGUGAUCUUGGCUGCUUUUUUUUUUUUUUGUAAUUAAUUUUGUAUUUGAAGUUGGUGUUCAUUGUGAUCCAUGUAACUCAUUUUCGCCUUGUUGGUGUUCUCCAAUGGAGUGUUUUGCCAAUGAGUUUUGGAAACC